AUGUUAUUUAUCAAUAAAAUAAAAACAAAAAGACCUUUUUUUGAACCAUCUCAUAUGAUUUCUGUGUUUAGAUCACCUGGUUUUUUUCUUUUUUUCAGAAAAAAUAGUUAUCAAUCAAAAAAACCAUAUUAUAUUACGACACCUAUUUUUUAUAUCAAUUCAGAUCCUCAUAUUGGUCAUCUGUAUACACUUGUUUUGGCGGAUGUAAUCCAGAGAUAUCAACAACUUAAAGAUUGUCAAACUAUUUUAAGAAUUGGGACUGAUGAGCAUGGAAUUAAAGAAUGCAUGCCAAAAACUCUUCAGAUUCAGAAAGCGGCUAUAAAGUCCGGCUUAGAUCCGUUUUUAUUCUGUGAAAAAGCGUCUCAACGUUUUAAAAGCUUGGCUAAAUUAGCAAAUAUUAGUUAUAAAGAUUUUACGCGUACAACAAGUCUCAAGCAUCGUCAAGGAGUUUGCCACUUUUGGAGGGUUCUGGAGGAUAAAGGAUAUAUUUAUCAGAGUAAACAUGAAGGAUGGUACUCUGUUCGUGAUGAAACCUUUUAUCCCUCAAGUGCUGUAAAAAAUGUACAAAAUCCGGAAGAUGGUACUAUUUCUACCAUUUCAAUUGAAACAGGUGCUAAUGUCGAAUGGGUAUCUGAAAAUAAUUAUCAUUUUCGAUUAUCAAUUUUCAAAGACCAUCUUUUGGAUCAUUAUGAAAAGAAUCCUACUUUUAUUAUCCCAAGUUCAGUGCAAGAUUUUCUAUAUAAAACAAUUUCUGAGGGAUUAAGUGAUAUAAGUAUAUCUAGACCGAGCUCUCGCUAUUCAUGGGGUAUUUCUGUACCUGGUGACGAUUCACAUACCAUAUAUGUAUGGUUUGAUGCCUUGCUAAGUUAUAUAACAAAUGCUGGAUAUCCAUGGAAUAAUUCAACGUUUGGAGAAUGGCCUGCUGAUGUUCAUUUGAUUGGAAAAGAUAUUUUUCGGUUUCAUUGUAUCUUAUGGCCAGCACUUUUAAUUGCUGCAAAGUUGCCUCUUCCUUGUCAAAUCGUGUCUCAUUCACAUUGGACAAUGAAUAACAUUAAAAUGUCUAAGUCGCUUGGGAAUAUCGUUGAUCCUUUUGUUGAAAUUCAAAAAUUCACUGUUGACACUUUAAGAUAUUUCCUUAUAAAAUAUGGAAGACUUGAUAAUGAUCGAGACUAUGAUUCAUCUGACGUUAUAAAGAAUUAUGAUGUGGAUCUUAGGGGACAGCUUGGAAAUCUUUUAUUACGAAUUCUUUCGCCUCAUUUUAAUUUAAAUCGUGCUUUACUUUAUGCAAAAAAACAUACAAAUGAAAAUACUUUUUUUCAAGAUUUUGAUAUAAAGCUUAAUACUAUUGCGGAAAAUGUUGAUAAUCAUAUGGUUUCAUUUCGUGUUCAUAGUGCUUUAGAAGCUAUCUUUGACUUUAUAAGGUCUAUUAAUAAGUUUUUUCAGGAUUUUGAGCCUUGGAAAUGUAAACACGAUCCUUCUAAACUUGAUCCUAUUCUUUUUAGGGCUUUGGAUGCUAUACGAAUUUCUGGUAUUUUGUUAAAACCUUUUAUUCCUGAUAAAGCAUCUGAAAUAUUAGAUCAACUGGAUGUUGAGGUUUCUCGGAGAAACUUGAAGUUUUGCAAGUUAGGUGCAGAUGAUAUGUAUCUGCGAACUCAUUAUACACAAAAUAAACCACUGUUUCCAAAACUACAAAGCUUAUAA